ACUGGGCGCCGAGGGAGUGCGACAGUCACUUUGAGGGUCUCAGAUGAACACCCGGAGUCUCACGGGGCUGGUCGCGGGUUUAUCCGCCGCAGCUGGCGCCGAGGCCUGGGACUGGCGACUCUUACGGGUGGGCGGCGGACGGCGGGGGACCCUCGGCGGCGAGGGCGGCGCGCUGGGCCCUUCUCUACGCCAGGCCUGGGGAGCGAGCCGGGCGGGCGGCGGGAAUGGCUCCCGAGGCCCGGGUCCCUCGCCCGGGGCGGCAGCGGGAGGCGUUGCUGGGGCCGGACCCGCGGGGGGCGGGGGCGAGGCCACAGCGAGCAAAGUCCAGGCCCGGUGGCCGUAGCCCCGGCGCUCCCAUCGGAUCAGCCAGAGACGCUCGAGGUCCCAGGUGAGGGAAACCGGGUGUCCUCAGACUGGGAGCGGGCGACCCUGGGGACUGCGGGCUCGGGCGGGGACAGCGCGACUCCACUUGGCGUCCUGGGACCCCGCCACCGACGCGCCGGCUUCCACCCACCGGGCAAGGGCUGUGAAGAAUCUGGUCGAUCUCCCCGAUCCGGGGCCGGUGCACUUGAACCUGAGGCUGUGGUUUCUCCCCAGGCUGAGAUGGAUUCCCGGAGACCCGAGGGAGCGGAGACUGACUUUGAACUGGGCAACAACAGCAACCAAGAUAAAGCAAUGAAGAAAGUAAAUUUGAUUGGACCAUUAGCAUUGUUUCGAUACUCUGAUUGGCAGGAUAAAUUAUUUAUGUCCUUGGGCACUAUCAUGGCCAUAGCUCAUGGAGCAGGCCUCCCCCUCAUGAUGAUAGUAUUUGGAGAAAUGACUGACAGAUUUAUUAAUAUUGGAGGAAACUUCUCCUUUCCAGUGAAUUUGUCAUUGUCAAUGCUAAAUCCGGGCAGAAUUCUGGAAGAAGAAAUGACUAGAUAUGCAUAUUAUUAUUCAGGAUUAGGUGCUGGAGUUCUUGUUGCUGCCUAUAUACAAGUUUCAUUUUGGACUUUGGCAGCUGGCCGACAGAUUAAGAAAAUUAGGCAAGAGUUUUUUCACGCUAUUCUACGGCAGGAAAUAGGCUGGUUUGAUGUCAGUGACACCACUGAACUCAAUACACGGCUCACAGAUGACAUCUCCAAAAUCAGUGAAGGAAUUGGUGACAAGGUUGGAAUGUUCUUUCAAGCAGUAGCCACGUUUUUUGCAGGAUUCAUAGUGGGGUUUAUCAGAGGAUGGAAGCUCACUCUUGUGAUAAUGGCCAUCAGCCCUAUCCUGGGACUCUCUGCAGCUGUUUGGGCAAAGAUAAUCUCGGCAUUUAGUGACAAAGAACUAGCCGCCUAUGCAAAAGCCGGUGCUGUGGCAGAAGAGGCUCUGGGAGCCAUCAGAACUGUGAUUGCAUUUGGGGGCCAGAGCAAAGAGCUGGAAAGGUAUCAGAAACAUCUAGAAAAUGCCAAAAAGAUUGGAAUUAAAAAAGCUAUUUCAGCAAACAUCUCCAUGGGCAUUGCCUUCCUAUUAAUAUAUGCAUCAUAUGCUCUGGCCUUCUGGUAUGGAUCCACUCUAGUUAUAUCAAAAGAAUACACUAUUGGAAAUGCAAUGACAGUCUUUUUCUCAAUCCUAAUCGGAGCCUUCAGUGUUGGACAGGCAGCUCCCUGUAUUGAUGCUUUUGCCAAUGCAAGAGGAGCAGCAUAUGUGAUCUUUGAUAUUAUUGAUAAUAAUCCUAAAAUUGACAGUUUUUCAGAGAGAGGACACAAACCAGUCAACAUCAAAGGGAAUUUGGAGUUCAGUGAUGUUCAUUUCUCUUAUCCAGCUCGACCUAAUGUCAAGAUCUUGAAGGGUCUCAACUUGAGGGUAGAGAGCGGACAGACGGUGGCCCUGGUUGGGAACAGUGGCUGCGGGAAAAGCACGACGGUCCAGUUGAUACAGAGGCUCUAUGACCCUGAUGGGGGUAUGGUUACCAUCGAUGGGCAGGAUAUUAGGACAUUUAAUGUAAGGUAUCUGAGGGAAAUAAUUGGAGUGGUGAGUCAGGAGCCAGUGCUGUUUUCUACCACAAUUGCUGAAAAUAUUCGUUACGGCCGUGGAAAUGUCACCAUGGAUGAAAUAAAGAAGGCUGUCAAGGAAGCCAAUGCCUAUGAGUUUAUCAUGAAAUUACCACAGAAAUUUGACACCCUGGUUGGAGACAGAGGGGCCCAGCUGAGUGGUGGACAGAAGCAGAGAAUCGCCAUCGCUCGGGCCCUGGUUCGCAACCCCAAGAUCCUCCUGCUGGACGAGGCCACGUCAGCACUGGACACAGAGAGUGAAGCUGAGGUACAGGCAGCUCUGGAUAAGGCCAGGGAAGGCCGGACCACCAUUGUGAUAGCACAUCGUUUGUCUACAAUCCGAAAUGCAGAUAUCAUCGCUGGGUUUGAUGAUGGAGUCAUCGUGGAGCAAGGAAGCCACAAGGAACUAAUGCAGAAGGGAGGGGUGUACUUCAGGCUUGUUAACAUGCAGACAUCAGGAAGCCAGAUCCCAUCAGAAGAAUUUAAAGUUGCACUAACUGUUGAAAAGCCUCCGAUGGGUUUGGCCCCAGAUGGCCAGAAAACUCAUUACAUACUUAGGAAUAAAAGCCUAAGAAAUUCACGGAAGUAUCAGAGUGGCCUUGAUGUGGAGAUCAAUGAACUUGAGGAAAACGUGCCAUCGGUGUCUUUUAUGAAGAUCCUGAAACUGAACAAAACAGAAUGGCCCUACUUUGUUGUGGGAACUCUGUGUGCCGUCGCCAAUGGGGCCCUUCAGCCAGCCUUCUCUAUCAUCUUCUCAGAGAUGAUCGCAGUUUUUGGACCAGGGGAUGAUGAAGUGAAGCAGCAGAAGUGCAACAUGUUCUCAUUGCUUUUCUUAGGUCUGGGAAUUAUUUCUUUCUUUACUUUCUUCCUUCAGGGCUUCACAUUUGGGAAGGCUGGCGAGAUCCUCACCACAAGGCUUCGGUCCAUGGCUUUUAAAGCGAUGCUGAGACAGGACAUGAGCUGGUUCGAUGAUCAUAACAACAGUACUGGUGCACUUUCUACAAGACUUGCGACGGAUGCCUCCCAAGUCCAAGGCGCCACGGGGACAAGGUUGGCUUUAAUUGCACAGAAUACAGCCAACCUUGGAACUGGUAUUAUCAUAUCGUUUAUCUACGGUUGGCAGUUAACCCUUUUGCUGUUAUUGGUCGUUCCAAUUAUUGCUGUAUCAGGAAUUGUGGAAAUGAAAUUGCUGGCUGGAAAUGCCAAAAGAGAUAAAAAAGAACUGGAAACUGCUGGAAAGAUUGCAACAGAGGCCAUAGAAAAUAUUAGGACAGUUGUGUCCUUGACCCAGGAGAGAAAAUUUGAAUCAAUGUAUGUUGCAAAAUUGUAUGGCGCUUACAGGAAUUCUGUGCGGAAGGCACACAUCUAUGGGAUUACUUUUAGUAUUUCACAAGCGUUUAUGUAUUUUUCCUAUGCCGGUUGUUUUCGAUUUGGUGCCUAUCUCAUUGUGAACGGACACAUGCGCUUCAGAGAUGUUAUUCUGGUGUUUUCAGCGAUUGUGUUUGGUGCCGUGGCUCUAGGACACGCUAGUUCCUUUGCUCCAGACUAUGCUAAAGCCAAGCUGUCUGCAGCCCACUUAUUCAGACUGUUUGAAAGACAACCUUUGAUUGACAGCCACAGUGAGGAAGGCCUGAGGCCUGAUAAGUUUGAAGGAAAUGUGACCCUUAAUGACGUCGUGUUCCGCUAUCCCACCCGGCCCAACGUGCCUGUGCUUCAGGGGCUGAGCCUGGAGGUGAAGAAGGGCCAGACCCUGGCCUUGGUGGGCAGCAGCGGCUGUGGGAAGAGCACGGUGGUCCAGCUCCUGGAGCGGUUCUACGACCCAGUGUUUGGAACAGUGCUGCUAGAUGGCCAGGAAGCAAAGAAACUCAAUGUCCAGUGGCUGAGAGCCCAGCUCGGCAUCGUGUCCCAGGAGCCCAUCCUGUUUGACUGCAGCAUUGCCGAGAACAUCGCCUACGGGGACAACAGCCGCAUUGUGACCCUGGAGGAGAUUGUGUGGGCGGCCAAGGAGGCCAACAUCCACCCCUUCAUUGAGACCUUACCCCAUAAAUAUGAAACAAGAGUGGGAGAUAAGGGGACUCAGCUUUCAGGAGGUCAAAAACAGAGGAUUGCUAUUGCCCGCGCCCUCAUCAGGCAACCCCGAAUCCUACUGCUGGAUGAAGCUACAUCGGCUCUGGACACUGAAAGUGAAAAGAUUGUCCAAGAAGCCCUGGACAAAGCCAGAGAAGGCCGCACCUGCAUCGUGAUCGCUCACCGCCUGUCCACCAUCCAGAACGCAGACUUGAUCGUGGUGAUUCAGAACGGCAAAGUCCAGGAGCAUGGCACACACCAGCAGCUACUGGCACAGAAAGGCAUCUAUUUCUCCAUGGUCAGCGUCCAGGCUGGGACACCGAACUGAUGAACUCCUGUUAUAGUGUAUCUUCAAAAUAAAUUCCAAUCAUUCUACAACUUUUGGUGACUUAUGUAAGAAGUUUCUAAGUCACCAUAAAAUAUAGGUAUAUUGUAUUCCAGAUCAAGGCAGAAUAUCCAACUUGGGGUUUGCUGUUACAAACAAGCAUUUGAAAUUUAGGAGUUACAAGUGACACCUAGCUUGAUGAAGUAUGAAAACAGCCUAGUUCUGAGUUAUCAAAAACAUAUGGAGGAAUAUUACUCCACCAUGAAAAAGAAUGAAAUAGCACCAUUUGCAGCAACAUGGAUGGACCCACAGAUUAUCAUACUAGAUAAGUCAGAGGAAGACAAUUAUCAUGCGAUAUCCCUUAUAUGUGGAAUCUAAAAUAUAUAAAAGGACUAUAAAAACUGACUCACAAAUUCAAACCUAUGGUUACCAAAGGGGAAAGGGAAGGAGGGAUAAAUUUGGGAUUAACAGAUAUACACUACUAUAAAUAAAACAGAAAACCAACAACCAUCUACUGUGUAACACAGGGAACGAUACUCAGUAUCUUUUUUUGUUUGUUUGUUGUUUUUUUGCCUUUUCUAGUACUGCUCCCGCGGCAUAUGGAGGUUCCCAGGCUAGGGGUCGAAUUGGAGCUGUAGCCGCCAGCCUACGCCACAGCUACAGAAACGUGGGAUCCAAGCUGUGUCUGUGACCUACACCACAGCUCAUGGCAACGCUGGAUCCUUAACCCACUGAGCAAGGCCAGGAAUCGAACCUGCAACCUCAUGGUUCCCAGUUGGAUUCGUUAACCACUGCGCCACCAAGGGAACUCCUCAGUAUCUUGUAAUAAUCUAUAAUAGAAAAGAAUCUGAAAAAGAAUAUAUGCAUAUGUAUAACUGAAUCAUUUUGUUGUACACAUGAAACAUUGUAAAUCAACUAUAUGUCAAUAAAAAUACUGUGGAGAAAGUAAAGAGAAAACUUUAGGUAUAUAAAACUAGAAUUAGAAGAAGUCACGGACAAGGGGAAAUUCUUAUGGUCCCAAUUAGUUGAGUAGAUUACAGGGUAGUUUGGGAACAAUUGUCCUUGUUACAAAGGAAAAAUACAUUGUUCAAUAGCCUACUCUCACCCUUGGUAAAAUUUCAAAUUAUUCUAUUAGGGAAUUGAGGUUUUUAAAAAAGAAAUAUAUUCCCAGCUUUAUCACCAGAGUCCAAGAGAAAAUAGAAUUGUCCUUAGACAAGCUAACUGCAGGCAACAUUUGUCCCAUCUAAAGCAAGAAAAAGGCACAUUUUUUAGAAUGUUUAAAAUGCAUGAGUAAAAACUGUACAUAUUAUCUCAGUGCAAUAUAAAACACUGGAAGGAAACAUCAAUAAAAUGCUGUUUCUAAAGCAACUGCAUUACUUUUUACAAAUAAUCUUAUUUUCCUAGAAUAUAUUUUCCUAGAAGUAUUUUUAGGCCAAAAAAUAUUCUAGGCAGCCCUUGGAAGCUAACCACUCUGUUUUUUCCUUUACUGCAGCAAUAGCAAUUCUCAUUGCUGUGACAGGUCAUUUAGCUAUGUUAUCUAUUCACAUCAGGUCUUGUAUAUGUAAUAAGCCACAAGGAAUUUUUCAAAUAUAACUAUGUAUAACAGUA